AGCAAAAUACACCUCAAACUGAAAACAUUACUCCAGAGCAAAAUCCGCCAUCAACUCCUGAAGGUGAUCUUAUAUCGUUCGAUAAAAACCCACCAACACUUCAGCCGAGAGAGGCAAGUGCGCCGGCAGUCGACCCUUUAACUGAUGAUGUUCUAAAUACAGAAGCAGGAUCAAAAUGGUAUGAUUUAAUGGAAAUAGAUAAUGAAAAAGAUAGUAAACCAAGUGAUUCAGAAUAUGAUACUGCUGAAGAAGAACCAGAUAUUCAUUUUGAAAAAAUCAAGGAUCUAUAUAUUAAUAGAAUAGCAGAAGCCAGAAAAUUUAAUGAAGGUGAGGUAUGUGAUUAUUAUGCAUUUGUACCAAAAGGAUACUAUGCCGAGGGCGAGCCAUUAGCUUUCUUUGAAUCAAUCGAAGAAAAAAUUGCAGAUAUUUAUAAAAAAGAGUUAGCUUUAAAAGAUGGAUUAAAAGUAAGAAUCGUAGAAGAUCGAAUUAAUGCAACAAUAGAAAAAGGAUAUAAUGAAAUUAUAAAUCAAAUAGAAGACGAGGCAUUACAAGAAUCUGGAUGGUCAUUCGUCCAAGCAGAAGAGGUAUUUCUUGAAAUAAGCGCAUUCAGACCAUUGCAAGGUAGUGGUUAUCUACCUUUACCAGAAGCUUUAGAUAAGCCACAACUAGGAAUAAUUAAUCCACAAAAUAGGGACGAUAAUAAAGAGGAAGCAAAAAAAGCAAAUAGAAAGCCACCACAUCUUAAUGAAAUCUGGAGACUUAGACGAAAUGCAAAUAUAGCAAAUUUUGAAGGUAUAAAAUUUCCAGCAACACUUCAUGAUAUAGAUAAAUUCGAAGAAAGCAAUCCUAAUUAUGCUAUCAAUAUAUUUAAACCAUUUUAUAGAGAAGCUUUCGGAAAAAUAAAAGUAGAUAUAGAUCCAUUACAUAUUUCAGAACGUAAUUAUCAAGUAGAGCAUAUGAUAUAUUUAUUAUAUUUAAUAGAAGAUUUCGAGCGAUUAAUGCAUAAGUGGAAUAACUAUCAUGAUAAAAAAUACUUUUGCCGAAAAUGCUUGCGAUUUUCAUAUAGUCGAUUAGAUUUAUUACAGAAACAUAUUCUUACAUGUCCAGGUCCAAAUAAGGCUUCACAACGUUUAAUUCUCCCAGAAGAAGAUAAGAAUUAUGUAAAACCCAAAACAAUGCAAAAACCAGUGAUUAAUCGAGAAUCAGAAAAUAUAAUAAAAGACUUAAUAGAAAACCUUCAAGAAGAUCUAGAACGAAAAUAUCAAACUGCAAACAAAUGUUGGAUAUGUAAAGAAAAAUUACAUAAAGCUGAAUAUAAUAAAAUUCAUAUAUUCGAUCCUGAAACCAAAAAAUAUUUGGGUGCUUCGUAUAGAAAAUGUCACGAGAAAAAAUUAAUGAUUCAAGAUAAGUUAGAUGAUGAGCAAAAAGAAAAACAUAAAUCUUGUAAG